ACUCUCGCAGAAAGAUCAGAAACACUUGAUAAGUCAUCUGUAUACCAAGAAUACUAUAACAGAAUUAAAAAGAAAAUAGACAAUCGUAGAAUUCAAACAUGGGGAAAACUUGGCAAAAAAGACCUAGAGAAUGUGUUAGAUAUGUAUAAGAAAGUAUAUACCAAAGGAUAUUAUCUGAUCCUUCAAUUUUGGGCUGAUGUUGCAGCAAUCUAUUAUAUCGGACCUAAAAACUAUGAAUCACUUAUUAAAAAAGUUCAAAUUUUGAUUAGUUCAUGUGAGAACGUAAAUGUUUUAAAGUGCACUGCAAAGUACUUUGCAAACCUUUUAGAACAACAAAUUGGGACAAUCAUCCUGAAGGUUAAAAAAGAGUGGGUUAAUCCAUCACCUGUAAUGUCUAAAUCAUAUUAUGUGGAGAUUUACAUUUAUCGACCACUUCAAAUAAUUUUGCAUAAUUUACUAUACUUACGAAUUCAUCUCUAUAGUUCUGAACAUGAAACUAAAUAUUUUUUUGAAAGAAGAAGUUGGCAUCAUUAUCCGCUAUAUGGCGAGUGGUCAUCAAACUUAGAGGAAUCUCAAAAGAUUGCAAAAAAUAAUCCUGAAUUCCAUAUUGAGGUCAAGUAUAAAAUUGCAUUUUAUCAUAAAACUUAUGGGAAAUACCAAGAUGCACUAAAAAUUGUCAAAGAAAUUUCCAAUGACUACAAAAAUAUAAAAAUGCUUAUAGCUAAUUGCUACAAGAAAAUUGGUGAUAAAGAAAAAAUUAUUGAAAUCAUAAAAGAUGCUAUUGAAAAAAUUGCGAGUAUUUUAAAAGAAAUUAUUGAAAUCAUAAAAGAUGCUAUUGAAAAAAUUGUGAGUAUUUUAAAAGAAAUUAUUAAAAUCACAAAAGAUGCUAUUGAGAAAGUUGUGCGUGUUUUAAAAGAAAUAAUUGAAGUCAUAAAAAACAAUAUUGAAGCAAUUCUAAACUAUUUACCAAUUUGCGCAAAAGCUUGUGUUGAUGUAUACAAUUCAUUGUACAACAAAACACCAGAUGCCAACAGACAAGACAUUUAA